GACCAUGGCGGCGGCAUCGGCAGCGGCGGGCUCCCGCAAGCGCGCGGCGGCGGACCAAGAACCCACCGCCUGCGGGUCCGGGUCCGGCUCCUCUCCCGCGUCCAAGAGGCGGAGAUACGCGCUCGGCAGCGCCGACGACUACGAGCAGCUGGACGUCGUCGGGGAGGGCUCCUUCGGCGUCGUCAUCAUGGCGCGGGACCGCCGCACCGGGGGCAAGGUCGCGCUCAAGAGGAUCCACGGCGCCCAGGGCUUCGACGCCGUCAGGAUCGAGGCCGCCUGCCAGCACGCCUGCCGCGGCCACCCCUCCAUCGUCGAGAUCAAGAACGUCGUCGCCGACGCCAAGUCAGGGGAGGUCUUCCUCGUCUUGGAGUUCGUCGGGAGCAGCCUCCGGGACGAGCUCCCGUGGUCGCGUCCGGAGGACCUGGUCCGCGAGAUGAUGCGGACGCUCAUCGACGCAGCCAAGAAGAUUCACAGCUCGCGCGUCAUCCACCGCGACAUCAAGCCGGAGAACAUCCUCGUCAGCGCCUUCGGCGUGCUCAAGAUAUGCGAUUUCGGUUCGGCGACGUUCAUGAAGCCGGCCGGGAAGCCAUACGAUGAGUGCCGCGUCGGAACCUUGCCCUACACCUCGCCGGAGCAGCUCGCCGGCAACCGGUGCUACGGGCCAGCCGUGGACAUGUGGGCGCUGGGAUGCAUCAUGGGCGAGCUCCUGACCGGCCCGCCACUCUUCGGAGGCGAUAUGACGGAGGCGGAGCUGCUCGCCGACCUGUCCGCCAACCUGGGGGCCCUGCUCGACGAGCUGAGGUUGGAGGUCCUGCCGGAGCUGUCGCCGGCGGCGCACGAGGUCCUGUCCGGGCUGCUGGCCUUCGACCCUGAGAAGAGGCUGACGGCGGCGGAGGCGCUUGAGCACCGGUGGUUCACCGAGACGGCCAGCAAGGCGUCGUCUUAUUGCAACUGAUGAUUUCAUUGUCAUCAUCAGUUAUUGCUAAUCUGUAGUCUGUCUGCAACUUAGCAGACUGGGUAGUCUUGUGCAGUUAGGACUAAUGAUUUGCAUUGCCACAUUGGCAUUGCAAGCAAUGUAAUCUUAUUCUUCUGAUUUAUUCUUCAUUGAAAGCAUAAAUAUGUAAUCCUAUUCAAUUUGUAGAAAGCAAUUCAAGGCCCCAUUUGUUUAAUAAAAAUUUUAUCAGCU